AUGGCGAAAAGACGGCAUAAGAAGAGGACGCACGUCGGUGCACAUAAUCCUCCCAAUGCGGCGCAGGUCAAUGGCCAUGCCAACAUAAAGGACCCAAAGAGCAUGGUCAUCCGCAUUGGCGCCGGCGAGGUUGGAACCAGCGUCAGCCAGCUAUGCACCGAUGUCCGCAAGGUAAUGGAACCGGGAACGGCGUCACGUUUGAAGGAACGGAAGGCCAACAGGUUGCGCGACUACGUUACGAUGUGCGGUCCGCUCGGCGUUACCCAUCUUCUGCUCUUCUCCCGGUCUACGUCGGGCAAUGUCAACUUGCGCUUGGUGGUUGCUCCGCGCGGGCCGACUUUCCACUUCAGAGUCGAGAAGUACUCUCUCACGAAGGAUGUAAGAAGGGCGCAAAGGCAUCCUAAGGGCGGCGGAAAGGAGUACAUGACUCCCCCUCUGCUUGUCAUGAACAACUUCACGGAUCCUAAGUCAGAUGCGCACUCCAAGGUUCCGCGUCAUCUCGAGUCCCUCACUACUACCGCCUUCCAAUCCCUCUUUCCCCCGAUCAACCCGCAAACAACCCCUCUCAAAUCGAUCCGCCGUGUCCUACUUCUUAAUCGCGAGCUGUCGCCCGAAAAUGACGGCAAGUUUGUCGUCAACUUCCGGCACUACCUCAUCACAACAAAACCAGUCGGGCUAUCGAAGCCGUUACGCCGACUUAAUGCUGCCGAAAAGAUGUUAAAGUCGAAGAAGGGAAGGAAAGCAGGCGUACCGAAUUUGGGCAAGCUGAGGGAUAUCUCGGAGUUUUUGAUUGGCGGCGAGGAUGGCCAGGGCUACAUGACAGACGGCACCAGUGGUAGCGAACCGGAUACGGAUGCCGAGGUUGAAGUCCUCGAAACUACUACUAAGAAAGUUCACAGCGGCAAGCCCAGGGAGCAACAAAAUGACGAGGACGAGGGCGCGACACACGAAAGUGUUGAGCGUCGCGCUGUCAAAUUGGUGGAAUUAGGUCCACGAAUGAGACUGCGGAUGACCAAGGUCGAGGAGGGGCUUUGCUCUGGCAAGGUUCUGUGGCACGAAUAUGUCAGCAAGUCGAAGGAGGAGAUAAAGGAGCUGGAGCAGAGGUGGGAGCAGCGCAGGAAGGAGAAGGAAGCUCGCAAGAAGCAGCAGAAGGAGAAUGUUGAGAAGAAGCGCAAGGCCAAGGAGGCCCAAAGGCAGCAGCAGCAACAAUCCGGUGAAGGGGGAAAAGACGAAGUACCGAAUGGAGAUGAGAUGGAUGUUGAUGAGGAGUACAAUAGCGACCUAUUUGAUGACGAAGAUGUCUUCGACAGCGAGGGUCUUGAGGGUGAUGCUGAGGAGCAGGUAAAUGCCCGGAUGGAAGAGGAGGGUGAAUGGGAAGAUGAAGAGGAGGAGAUUGCUCAGGGAAAAAGUUCUAAAAGGAAGUCGAUGAAGAGAUGA